GCGUGGUCUGCGAUAGGGCGCUUGGAGGGGAGCGCCGAGGGAGGGGGCUGGGCCCGGCUGGCCUGAGGGGGGAAGGCGGCAGCCAGUCGCGGUCUGACAGCCGCCGAGUGCGCAUCCAGUGUCUGUCUCGACGGCGCCCGCAAGCGCAGCGGCGGCCGACGUCCUCGCCGUACCGCUUCUUCAUGGAGACACAGCCUGCCGUCAUGGAAACAAUUGGGCCUGAUAGGGAGAGUACAGCCACACCACUGCUGUCCAGUGCAGAGGAGCUGAACUCUGCAGCAGUGCUGGCGGGAAUCAUCAUUGGUGUUCUACUGACAGUCUCACUCCUCUUCUCACUUGCUCUGCUAAUAGACUGCAGAAACAGGAAACGAGAAGCAUCUAAGCAUGGAACACCGAGGAAAGUACGGGUCAUUAGAAAGUUACCAGUGCUUAUUCCUGGUCGUAAUGUGAAUGGAGAUGCUCUCGCCUUUGUUAACAAGAUCUGUACUGAGAACUCCAUGACUUCACCAGUUACAUCAGUUGCACCUGUUUCAUCUGCAAGAGAAGAGAUCUGUUAAAGAAAAGCCAUUGAACAAAUCUUGAAAUUGUGCUUUUCAACCAGGCAGUUUGAUAAAAAGACUGAAAUCAGUGAGAAUUUCAGAUAUAUUUAUUAUAUCAGUUGAUAUACAGAAUUUUAUACAUGUACAUAAAAUCUAUAUAAUUGUUCCUUUAUAUUUUUAAGCAUUUUUAAAGAGAUGUCUAUAAUAUGCUAGUCAUUCCUAAAGAAAAUAAAUUGUUUAACUUACACUAAAUUUGUUUUGUUUUAUAAUUGCUCAAAUGCCUAUAAAAUGCUACAUGUAAAGACUUGGAAGUUACGACUUCUGAUUUUGGUAUAUGUUGUUUAUUAAAUUAGUUCUGCCGGAUGUCUAAACCAAAAAGAUUUUGACAAGUUUUUGACAGCAUCUUCAGAGGAUGACUGCUAGUCCACUGGUAUUAUUCUUAAUUAGCUGUGAUCUCAAUGACACUUGUUAUUGAAGUAUAUGAACUUAUUAUGGCAAUUAGUUCUACAAUGAAUUAACUGUGCAAUUAGUAUUUAUUACACAAGAAAUGUACAGGAAACCUCAAGCUGAUUCAAGUAUUAACAGUUCAUAAAAAGUAAAUGUUUACAUACAAUGUCGAUCUAACUGUACAUAUUGUUCUUGUUCUUCACCAUACAACACGAAAUACUUAGU